AAUCCUUUUUUUAGAUCUAUUUUUAUACCACCUACCCGAUUGGUGGAGUUCAGUUGGCACGAUAACGGGUUUAUACAGGUAAGAAUUAAAUACCUAUGAACAAGGGUGACACAACGAAAGGUAAAGAAGUGAUUUAACCAUGCCGUCGUGGGGAUUUAAAGAUGAAAGUAAACCAGAAUCUAUAAUUGAACCAGCAUCAAAUAUGGAUAGGAAUUCCCCUGAUGAAGAUUCAGCUGAUUUGGAAGAUUAUAUGAAGAGAGGACGUCCGAGGGCCGAGCUAAUCACUUCAUUGAUCUUCAAAGGUGCAGUGUCCCAUAGUGGAAUACGUUGUCAUGUGUGUAAUCGGGUUUUUCCUCGAGAAAAAUCUCUCCAAGCUCAUAUGAGAACGCAUACAGGUGAGCGUCCAUACUUGUGUGAUUAUCCAGGAUGCAACAAAUCCUUCUGUCAAAGUGGACAACUUAAAACCCACCAGAGGCUCCAUACAGGAGAAAAACCAUUUCUGUGUACGGGAGAAGGAUGUCUAAUGAGAUUUACACAUGCCAACAGACACUGUCCUGACCACCCUCAUGCCUCACUACAGAGAAUCUCAGCCAAAAUAGCUAUAGAAGACCUAGAGAAGAUGAGGGAUGCUGAAGCUAACUGUGACAUCAGAGAUUGGCUUGACAGGCAAAUAGGCAUUCGACAAGACAGAGGAAGUUACCGCUCACGUUUACAGAAACGAUUCCGUCCAAAUCCUAAUGAAAACAGUAACUCCCCUGAACCAUCGUUAGACGAUAGCAAUACUUCACCCGAACCAAGCAUAGAUACACAAAUUUACCCACAAGCCUAUCCACAUCCUGUCUAUCUAUAUCAUAACAACAAUAAUACUGAAUUCUCUAAAGAUUAUACUCAGAAAGACUAUAGUCCACCAAUGGAAAAUCCUCAUAUCAUGAAAGACACUUACAGAUAUCAACAAAUGGAGGAGAAUUACUAUAACCUACAACAGCACUAUGAUCCUUAUGGUAAUGGAUACAGUAUGUUCAAUGGUGUUCAACCAAUCGAGGACUGUAAUGCACAUCAACCAAUUAGUGACUUCGUUACAUAUCAACCUGUGAUGGAUACAGAUUAUGGCCUCCAUGUUCCAGAAGAAGAAAUCAAAUGUGAACCAAGAGAACUGACUCUUAGUGAACAAACCGACAAAUGGAUAUCGGCUUUAGCGUUGGUAGAAUUAUCUCAUGGCAUGGAGUCAUAAAGUGUAAAGACUAACUCAUGGAUAUUUGUUUUAGCCUUAGUAAAGUAAUCUCAUGGAAUCUUAAAGACAAUCAAAAGAGGGGAAGGCUAUCUAGAGAAAGUUUUAUAGAUCUUUUAUACUAUGACAUUCAGAUACAAUUUUAUAUUAACACUUUUGCAUAAAUGCAUGAUUGAAAAGAAAUGAUGGCUAUAAGCUCAAAAUGAACAAAAAUACAGUUCCAUUGUUUUCAGUGAAUUAUUAGGGCAUGUUAUAUAAAUUUAUUUGUUUUGGAUGAACUGUUUAAAAUUUAAAAAUUGAAUGUAAACCAAAGAAACCGUUACUUCUUCUAGUGAUAUUUGAUCAUUAUUUCAGACUUGAGUGAUAAGUACAUGUAGUUGCUCAUAGUUGAAAAGAAUUUCAGUCCCUAAAGACAAUUGUUAUAUUUUUCUUUAUCUCUCACAAGACAGCUAUACACUGAAUAGAUUAAUUUUUUAAAUGAUAUGUACAACCGUUCCUUCAAUCAAAUAUUAAAGAUUAGCUAUCUGAAAAGCACCUAUGCAAAAGACAGAUUUUUAUAUUAUAUUUUUACCUAAUAGAUCUGAAUUUUUUUAUUUCAAAGUUUAUUCAAUAUUAUUAUAUUUGACAAUUAGAUGUUUGUACAGUUUUCUAGACAUUUUAUACAUAUAGCGUUUAUUCUAACUGCUGUAGAAACUUAAUAUGGUGAUAAUGUGAUAUAUUUUAUAUAUACACAACACAGUUCAUGCUUUUGUGAUAUUGAAAUCCAUGAUCAAUCUACUAAUAUCCUGCAUUUAUUAUUUAUAUAUAAAAGUUUGCAUUUAUUAACCCUAUAUAUGUGAGUUACUCUCAGUUGGGAGUGAAACUGUUGUUGAUUUUUGUUAACCUUUUGAAGACCAAGAAGUCCCGUCACAUUUGUUAUCUACAGAUAUCCAUAUUGUUACUAUUUGAAAUCCAUUAUUUUAUAUACACAUACCAUUUUAUUAGAAUUUAAACAUUCCAGGAUCAACUGCUGUUUUUUUUAUACUUUCAAAUUUGUUAAAGAUGCAAUAUAGAAAGUUUAAAGAAGAAAAAAAAACAUAAAAGGGGAGAUAACCCAUGAAAAUUUCCAUUGGAGAAAAUUAGCUAUUGUUUUGUUUUGUUUUGUUGCAGUUAUUUUUAUUUUAUUUUUCUAACUGUUUAAAAUGACUAAUCUUAAUGGUAUAAGAAAUUAUAUGUAUCUCAAAGUUGAUAAAGAACAAAUGAUAAGUGUUGUUUUUGAACAAAUUAUAAUUACAAAUUCCAAGCGAACAAAUUUGAUACCAAAUAUUGCUUACUACCAAGAUGUGAUCUUUACAUGAAUUAUAUUCAAUAUACAUUUCGAAUAGAAAUUUAUAAUGAAAUCCAAUAAAUAUAUUAUAGAA